AUUCGCUGGAAUAAAGAGCAGAGAAGACGCUGCGCCUGCAGACGCCUCGAAGACUCGGACCAGCCGGUUCCUUCAGGAGCAACGAUGAGCAACGGGCCACAGAGCUCAGAGGAAUCCCAGACCAGGUUUCUGCUUCUGGGACAAAGUGACUCUGGGAAACGGUCUGUUAGAGACGCCAUCCGGUUCGAUGAAGGGACUGAAAGUUGCUCCAAAGGCCCCUGGGGUGACCUGAAGACAGGAACCUCAAAGAAAAAACCUGCUGAGGUGAAGAUUCUGAAUUAUCGUUGUUUGCAUUACGACAAAAAAGAGAAGACCUUAAAUGUCAAGGAAGAGAUCAAGAAAGACAUGGAGCUCAUCGGUCCGGGCCCUCAUGUGAUCAUCUGGGUUUCAAAGAAAACAAACGAAACAGAAAACAAAGAAGAUAAAAAACUGUCGACAGCUUUCAGUGAGGGUUUCGAGUCAGCUAACGAUCACAUCCUGUAUGUGGUCAUUGAAAAUAAGGAGUCUAAAAUGUACAAAGCGCUGCCCAAACGUCAGAAAGCAGACUUCAUCUGCAAAACACCUGAGGAAUUGGAGAAAACUCUGCUGGAGCAAGUCGAUGAGAUGAAGACCAAGUGCUACGGGAUGGAUAAGCUUAAAGACCGGCUGGAUGGUUUCAUCAAAAAGCUGGAAACAGAGCCUGGAACAUCCAAAGGUCACACAGCAGCAGAUACAGCCUAUCAAUGGUUAAAAAACAAAUUUAACAAGUAAAAUGAUGCAGAAACCUAUUUCUGCAAAGCUUCUUCAGUUCCUGUUUGUCCUGCUGCAGCUGCAGGUUGUCGGUUCAAUCCCCAGUCUGCUCCUUUGGUUCUGGGAGUUUUAGCUUGAACUGUUUGUUCUGCUGCAGCUGCAGGUUGUCGGUUCAAUCCCCAGUCUGCUCCUUUGGUUCUGGGAGUUUUAGCUUGAACUGUUUGUCCUGCUGCAGCUGAAUCCAUCAUCUGUUCCUGUUUCUCUGUAUGAUCAUCAAUAAAACUCAGUCUGUCUGCACUGA